AGCUGAGUUCCUGUUCCCAGCUCAGACAGACAGUGUGCUCUGUUCAGUCAGUUCAGUCUGUAUGAAGAUGAGGGGGAAUAUCUGCUGCUGCCUGUUAGCUUUUGUUCUGAGCUGCAAUGUCACUGCAGCAAUAAUCCAUAAAAUAGUUGAGGAGAAGAACCCUGUCAGACUGAGUUGUCCUCACUCUGUGGAGGGUAAAGUGACGUGGAGCAGAGAGAGAGAUGGAACUAAAGUUGACAUACUUACAGCUGAUGGUGACAGAGAGAUAAGACACUUAAUGAUCCAGGCAAACGAUACAGUUCACAGGCAGAUAAAUCACUUUACAUUGGUAGAGUUAACAUCUCAGACACUGGAAGAUACUUCUGUAAUAAUGAACCAGCUGUGGAGCUGACGGUGAUCCCAUCAGGAACACCCACACUAACUGCUGAGGCCAGCGUCAGUCUGAAAUGCCUCUCAAACGUUUCUGAGUCACGUGUCCCAACGUGGACCAGAGAAAGGAGUGGAACAAACAUCACUGUUUUCUCUCAGAAUCAGACGGACGAGAGCAGGUUUCAAUAUUCGGCCAGGGAAAAUACGCUGACGAUAAAAGAAUUGCGGCCUGAUGAUGCCGGAUUGUACUUCUGUGAUGGAAAACCAGCUGUGUAUCUGAAUGUGAGCAAAGAGGAGGAGUCUGAGGGAGCUGCUGUUUUGCUGGCUGUAAUACUCCUCCCCCUCCUCCUCAUCAUUUUCAUCAUCCUCUUCCUCAUUUGGAGAUGCCGCAUCAAAAGACGAGGAAGUGGUGAGGAAAUGCCUGACAUCUACUACGAAAAGGUCUCAAUUGGAUCUGUGUUUGAAUCUGCACAAGAUGGUCUAAACCAAAACGAUCAGACUUACUCCGUCAUCCAUGAACUUCCAGCACUAGCAAACGAGAGCGCAACAUCUCAACCCAGUGAGCCACUUUAUUCCCUCGUCAACAAGUUCUGAUGUCACUGAAAUAAAUAAACGGACCAGAUAAGGAUGUCGUCUCCUCCUCCUGUUGACUCAACGCUGAUCCAGCCGCUGUGUAAUUUAUGCUGUAUUAUAUAUUGUGUUUCAGCACUUACUUAUAAUUUUCACGCUUACAAUUCAUUUUAAUUUUGUUCUUUUUAUCUACAGAUGUACAAUUUUGUAAAUUAAGUUGAUAAAAUAAUUCAAUUAAUCUGUUUUUUGUUUUUUGGCUUUGCCUGCGUCAGCGUUGUGGUUGUCUGCCAGAAGCUGUCAUGCAUUGACUGUUUAUCCAGUCUGAAGCCACAUUGUUACCAUCCACUGUUUAGAUCUUGGUGCUUUUUAACUCUGAGCUAACGUUAGCAGCAGCUCGGCUGGUAGCUCCUCCGGGACGUCCUUUAUCUGCCCAACAGCGUGGGAGAAGCAGUGACUUUAUGGUGGAACUGCUUUAUUCAGUGUUUUUAGAAGUUUUAUUGACCAGGACUUCCUUCAAAGUGGACAGAAAGAGAAUAAAACUCAUUAAAAGCGUCUCUGUUAGUGUUUCCAACAAUCAGCAACUCUGGUUUGGUGGAAAUAAAUCCUUAAUUCACCGACGUAGAUGAUAAAAACAGCAGUUUCAGUCGGAGCAGACCGGCUAUGGAAACAAACCACAGAGAGGCUGCGAUACAACACAGGCAGAGGGAGAGAGACACCAUGUGACUCUUUAUAUUUUUUUCUAUAAUACUGUUUUGAAUAUUAUGUAAAUUGAAAAUAAAAAAUCUUACAAGCUACAAUUACAGCUAAAAUUGCUUCUUUAUUCUGCAGUUACAACCAUUUUAUACCAUCUCAUUGAUUUACUGAAGGCUUGUGAAGUGCUGUGAAUAUAAAACCUCCAUUUUCCAGGACAGUGACGCUCAGUUCUUCACACAGUGGCUGUUUAGGGAAGAGGAAGAAGAACAGUUGGGAUGAUGAGUGGAAAAGUGUCAGACACCAUAAAGCUUCAGUCAGAUCAGCAGCAGCUUCUGUUGUUGUUGCUUUUAAUGUGAAGAUGUUCAGGUUUAUGAUCUUCUGUCAGGUUUGGUUCCUGCACACAGUUCUGAUCGGCUGCAGUGAGAACUCCAAAGCAGUGAUCCGGGUUUCAGUCCCGGAGGACCACCACAUCCGCCUGCGGUGUCCCGGCGCCGACAGCUCUGAUGUGGUCUGGACCCACCGGGACAGGAGCGUCCCGGUGACCCGACAGGGCGGCCACGAGACCAACGAGGACCCCCAGCGCUACCUCCUGCUGCCCGACGGCAGCCUCCAGCUCCUGCAUCUCGAUGAGUCCGACAGCGGAGAGUAUCACUGCAACCAGCAGCUGGUGGCCGAGCUGCAGGUGCUCACAGGCCACGACUUCACGGUGUCUGCAGGCCGGACGCUGCUGCUCCCCUGCAGCAGCUCCUCCAAACACAGACAGAGGUGGUUGUACCGGAGGAGGGAGAGGGAGAAGUGGGAGCUCAUCUUCACCUUGUUCAGAAACGGUACAGUGAAACCGGAGAGGGAGGGGGGGCGGCUCGGCUACCAGAGCGACGCCCUGCAGAUCCAGGACCUGCAGCCGGAGGACGCUGGACAGUACCAGUGCAAGGUGAAGCUGGGGAGCGAAGUCACCACGCUGACAGUGCAGCCGGAGCCAACCAGCACGGAGCAAACCGCCUGGACAACAACAACAACAGCAACAACAACAACAACAACAACAACAGAUGCUGUGACAGAAACAGAUGAGACUGAAAGAAAGAAGGAGAAGAAAAAGAGACCUGAGAACGCUCUGCUCAUAGUUGCUGUCGCCGGGUUGGGGUUGAUGGUCCUGCUCCUGGUCGCUGUCUGUGUUUUACUGACCGGCAUGAAGUGCAGGAGGAGGAGGAAGAAACACAGACGUACAGCUUCACAGAGGCAUGAAGACACCGAGCUGCAGCCGUGGAAGACGUCCAGCAGACAGACCGGUAACGCCGUCAGCUCGGAUCCUGCUGCAGGUCUGUACUCGGGUCCGUCUCCACCUCUGAUACACCUGUCUGUCUCUGCAGAGUGCGAGGCCUACGAGAGUCCGUCUCUGCCGGAGGAGACGAUCCACUACGCCUCUCUGGGCCGGCAGAACUGGAAGGAGAGACCCAGCAGGACUCCGCCAGACCAGAACCACCACAACGUCAUCUACUCGUCUGUCAUCACCAGACCUGCCGCCAAAUAGACUCCAGCAGAAACUCUCAGUGCAAAGAGGCUGUUACUGUUCAUGUUAAUGCUCUUUCCUAAAAUAAACAUACUGUUCAUGUGAUUAACACUGA